CACCGCGGCGCCCGCCCUAGCGGCUGAGCAGCGCGGGAGGCGGUCACGGCAGCUGCUCGAAGAUGUCCUGCGUGCUGGCGAAGACAGCAGCCCCAGGACACAGGGCAGGCAGUGCAGCCACAGCUUCCGAGUGACCUCCCGGGCCGUUCAUUGAGCAUAUGUCCGGCUACCGCACCAGGCUGCGCUCUGGUGUGACUUGCAGUCACUUAGGGCCCGUUUCUGGAGGUAGAAGUGAGAAUUGAGAGCAGUGAGGCCCCCAUUGCUGCUGGCCGCGCCUCAGAAGGGCAGGAUGGAUCUGUCAGUGAAAAAGAAGAGCUUGCUAGGAGCCAAAGAGAAUAAUAAAAAGUCCAGCACUAGGGCUCCUUCUCCAACGAAACGCAAGGACCGCUCCGAGGAGAAGUCCAAGGACCGCUCCAAAGACAAAGGGGCCACCAAGGAGUCAGGCGACAAGGAUCGAGGCAGGGACAAGACUCGGAAGCGGCGCAGUGCGUCCAGUGGCAGCAGUAGCACCAGGUCCCGCUCCAGCUCCACCUCCAGUUCGGGCUCCAGCACCAGCACCGGCUCCAGCAGUGGCUCCAGCUCCUCCUCAGCAUCCAGCCGCUCAGGCAGCUCCAGCACGUCCCGCAGCUCCAGCUCCAGCAGCUCCUCGGGCUCCCCAAGUCCUUCCCGGCGCCGCCAUGACCACAGGCGGCGGUCGCGCUCCAAGUCCAAGCCGCCCAAGCGAGACGAAAAGGAGCGCAAGAGGCGGAGCCCUUCUCCCAGGCCCACCAAGGUACACAUCGGGAGGCUCACCAGGAACGUGACAAAGGACCACAUCAUGGAGAUAUUUUCCACUUACGGGAAAAUCAAGAUGAUCGACAUGCCUGUGGAAAGAAUGCACCCCCAUCUGUCCAAGGGGUAUGCCUACGUGGAGUUUGAGAACCCAGACGAGGCUGAGAAGGCGCUGAGGCACAUGGACGGAGGACAAAUUGAUGGCCAAGAAAUUACUGCCACUGCUGUGCUGGCUCCCUGGCCUCGACCCCCUCCUAGGCGAUUCAGUCCCCCCAGGAGAAUGUUGCCACCGCCCCCAAUGUGGCGUCGCUCGCCCCCACGCAUGAGGAGACGGUCCCGUUCCCCACGACGCAGGUCCCCCGUGCGCCGGCGUUCUCGCUCGCCUGGUCGCCGCCGCCACCGGAGCCGCUCUAGUUCCAACUCAUCUCGAUAAGCAGGACGGCUGGAGCUGUUCCCCAAUACAGUCCCCUCCAGCAGGUUGUGGGGAAGGAAGAUCCCCGGGGCAGGUGCCCCAGUGCCUGCUGGGCUCAGGGUGUGUCCGAAGAUUGUCCUCUCCAGCCGCCUGGCCAAGUUCCUAGUUCUGCAUUUGUGGCAAAGCCAGCAAGUCAGGCGGGGCAGAGCUGGGGUGUAGUGCCCCCCCCCCCCAUCCCAGCUCUGUGGUUGCUUCCAUAAGGGGCUCCCUUGUCUUCUACGCCUGUUAGCUCUGGUCCGCCUCUGCCCGUUCCUGUCACCCCGUUAGUUGCUGUGAAUGGUUGUUUCCACGUAUCCUCAGACAGCCCCAUGUCUCCCUUUCUCUGAAAUGAGUGAGCAGGUUGAGAGCUGGUCCCAAGGCUCUGCAGCCAAGUUGUGUCCUUGGUGGCCUUGCAGCUACCUGGGCAGCGUGUACAUUGCUAUUGCCUUUCUUGGGGGUUUUUAUUGUACAGUCAGUACCAUAAAUUUUGAGUUUUGUAACUUGUAGCGUUUCAGAUAAGUGUAGUCUGUUGUGAAAGGAUUGUGUUGAUUGAAUAAACCUAGGAUUUGAAUGCAAA